AUGGUAAAAGAUGAAGAUUCUGAGGCGAGGUCUCCUCUAUUUAUAGGAAGAAAAGAAAACAGACGAGAGAAGAGAAAGAAGGGAAGAACUGGGAAGAGAGGAUUAGUGAUUAGAAGCUCGAAAAAAUGGUUAAAAAGUAGUUGCAGACGAGGAAAGUUGAAGAAGAAGACGAUUGAGGUUGAUUUAAUCGUCGAGACAAUUGCUACAUCAAAGAAGGCCGACUCCCAGGUACAGGCUUCGAAAGCUUGCCAGGCAGUCAAAGCUGGAAUAUCUACCAUUAAGAAGGCGGCUAAGAAGAUCCGUACAUCAGUCACAUUCACAGGACAAAGACAUUGCAGAAGGCAAAAAACCCCCAGUACCCACAUAUUAGUGCACCACCAAGGAACAAGCUUGACCAUCACCAGCACUGAAAUACCCACUCAAGAGAUUAGGCUUUGAGUUAUCCCCCAGUUAUAAAAUUUGCUGUAGUGUUGGGUUCUUUUUUUGUUACAAUCAAAGAAGUGGAAUAUAUGUAUUUGUAAUGGUUAUGACUGAAAUAAACAACGAAUUGAUCACAUUCAUUUGUAUUGUUAA